AUGGGCCAGUGUCUUUCCAGUUGCCUUGGCGGCGACAGGGGCGACGAUGUCGAUGAGAACACCCAUCUUUUAGCCCAACAGCAAUACGAUACACUGGCACAAGAAGCCAAACUCCUAAAAGAGCAGCAGCAGCGCCAGCAGGAGCUUACGGGGAUCGUCAACGAUUUGCAGGACAACUUGAUCGACGUGACGACGUUUAUGCUGAGCCUGGUUCCCGGCACUCCCAACAUCACGUUUGAGGACGAUGCCCUGGAGGCGAAGCCGUACCCGCUGUUUGCCGGCGACGACGUGGUGCAAGAGGUGGCCCACCAGGCGGCGAGCGCAGACGACGCGACCAAGGAGUGCUGCAAGAUCGAGGAGAUUCCCGAUUUGUACAUUAAAUUUUGA